GUCGCAUGCGUUCUCUCCUCUCUUGGCCGACGGACACUUCAAGUUCAAAAACCCAAUUUUUCGGAUGUGCUCUGCGUUUCUGGCACCGUCGACGCCAAUAUCCGGCUAUACAGCCUUUCAAGUGCUUUUUUCGCUAAACAGAAUCCAAUAAAUUCAAAUUUAAAUUCUUCCCGUGUGCGUUGUUGUCGCUGUUGUUGUGCCAUACCAUUGUGCGGGUGUAAACAGAAUUUGGCCCAAGUGGCAUGUGCUCCUCUUAUCCACAUCAACAUCCUGUUUAAUGGGCAUCCCAAAUGCGAUGACUGGAAUCGCUUAAAAACACGGAAAGCACUUUAACGCCAAUUUGGCUGAAAUUGAAUGCAAAAAUGCAGCAGGCAACGAGCCGUGAAGGAAUCAAAUUAAUCAUGUUGGCUUAAACAAUUUCCCUGUCUGUGGGCCAGGAAACACACUGGCAAAGGAAAAGCGAGCGGAGUCAGUUGAUUUUCCCCUGAUGAUAGCCAACUUGGUGAGCAUGGAAAUGGACUUGGAUGUGGACUUUUCCGGGGACUCCCCGCCCCUGCCCACGCCCCUGAACACCACGCAGGCUCUGUGGGAUCUGGCCAUGCUGGCCACGUCCACCACCCAGUGGCCCCUGCUCCUGGACACCGGAUCCGGAUACGGAGCCCCCUCCGCCGCGGAGAACUUCAGCGAACUGGCCGCCACCGAGACACCCUACGUGCCCUACGGCCGGCGACCGGAAACCUACAUCGUGCCCAUCCUCUUCGCCCUGAUCUUCGUCGUCGGCGUCCUGGGCAAUGGCACCCUGAUUGUGGUCUUCCUCAGCGUGCGACAGAUGCGGAAUGUCCCAAACACGUAUAUUUUAUCACUGGCACUGGCGGAUCUGCUGGUUAUUGUGACCACGGUUCCUCUGGCAUCCACGGUUUACACUGUGGAGUACUGGCCGUAUGGCAGCUUCCUCUGCAGCCUCUCGGAGUUCAUGAAGGAUGUGUCCAUUGGGGUGUCGGUCUUCACGCUGACCGCCUUGUCGGGCGAUCGGUACUUUGCCAUCGUGGAUCCCUUGAGGAAGUUCCACGCUCAUGGAGGCGGUCGUCGGGCCACGAGGAUGACCCUGGCCACAGCGGUGUCCAUCUGGCUGCUGGCCAUCCUCUGCGGCUUGCCAGCCCUCCUGGGCAGCAAUCUGAAGCACCUCGGGAUUAACGAGAAGUCGAUUGUCAUCUGCUACCCGUACCCGGAGGAGUGGGGCAUCAACUACGCCAAGUCCAUGGUCCUGCUGCACUUCCUCGUCUACUACGCCCUGCCCCUGGUGAUCAUCGCCGUGUUCUACGUGCUCAUCGCCCUCCACCUGAUGUAUUCGGCCAGUGUUCCUGGCGAAAUUCAGGGAGCCGUGCGCCAGGUUCGGGCUCGUCGCAAGGUGGCUGUUACCGUGUUGGCCUUCGUUGUCAUCUUUGGCAUUUGCUUUCUGCCCUACCACGUCUUCUUCCUCUGGUUCUACUUCUGGCCCACCGCCCAGGAGGACUACAAUGCCUUCUGGCAUGUGCUGCGCAUCGUCGCCUACUGCAUGUCCUUUGCCAACAGCUGCGCCAACCCCGUGGCCCUGUACUUCGUGAGCGGCGCCUUCCGCAAGCAUUUCAAUAGAUACCUGUUCUGCCGCGGAGCGAGCGGACGGCGCAAGAAGCGCGGCCAGCACGACACCUUCUGCAUGCACCGGGACACCUCGCUGACCAGCACCGCCUCGAAGCGCUUCCAGUCCCGCCACUCCUGCUACCAGAGCACCAUUCGCAGCUGUCGCCUGCAGGAGACAACGAUAACCACGCUGCCAAAUGGGGGGAAUCAGAACGGAGCCCCCAUUUCCGCCGUGGAUUUGGCCUUGCCAGUGGGCCAGGCGCCGGGUCACAAUGAAGCACCGCCGGGCUAUGGCUUUCUGCCGCUUAACGAACUUGGCCAGCAGAAGCGUUCGCACCCCCCAAAGUUCCAGGAGUCCCUUUUAAACUGAAGCCCGGGAAGAAAUUGCGCAAAAACCAGGGAUUUAAACGGAGUUUACAGGAAUUCGGGCAGCCGGUUGCCAUUGUAUCCUUAGCUCUCUAUCGAAAUCAAAAGUAAAUGUUGUUUAAAGCUUUGUAAUUUUAAAUUUAUUAAAUUUUUAAAAAUAUUGCAACAAAUGUUUUCAAUAGGUUGAUGCUUUACCUUUUCCUAUGUUUUUUAUAGCGCACUUAUCAGGGUAUUUUGAAUUUGUCAUUUAUAGGAUUAAUAAAACAUCUUAUUUAAAUAUAUUUGAACACAAGUUCUUAAUUUAAGUUGUAUUAUUAAUAAAGAUUUUUUUUAAAACCUGUAAACUGAAAACUUUAAUAGAUUUAGGCUUAACAAUUUCCUUAAGUUUUCUGUAGCAUACUUAUUAGGGUAAUUCACAUGUUUCCCAUACAAGAAGAAUUCCCCCACUCCUUGUUUUCAACACUACCCCUAUAAUCUAUAUUUUAUAGACUUAGCAUAUAACUUUGGCAUCGACCAAACUUACAAACUUGAAGUAACAUUCUUAUAAUGUACAUAUAAACAUACCAAAGAAUUUUGAUGUAUUUUAUUCGUGUCAAAGUCUUAGAGUAAAUUACUGCAGCCGUGGCAACGGCUUUAAGCUAAACACAUUUUGCGUAUAAAUGAUAUAAUUCUUAAUCUAAGGAGAAAGCUAAAACAUAUGGUGUGCUCUUAAAUAGACCCCGUUUUGUAGCUAAUCACAGAAACUUUGUAAAUACAUUUUUAUGUGCCGGCAUAUAGUUGAAAAUAAAUGUAAAUUGUGCGUUAAAAA